AAAAGAAAAGAAAAGAAAAGAUGGUUUCUGCACAUCUCUUGGCUGCAUCUUUUUGAUUCAGUGAGGUUUUGUUGUCGAGUGGUGGAGUUGGGGACCCGGAGCUCCCAAUGCUGCAAUUUCCAAUGCAGCCAAAUGAGCGGGGAGGGGGGAUGGGGGUGGACCAACCCACUCUGAGCGCUCCGAACGCUGUAAAAAAUUGAUUGGAGCAAGUUCUAAUUGCUGCAGUCGUCAGCGUGGAGGCCGGGGGAUGCUGUGUAAUGUCUGGAGGGCUCGGCUCCAGCUCUCUGGCUGCAGUGCUGGCUGCUGGUGGUGUGGUUCUUUGCUCCCCAGGUGGAUGAGGGCACAGGGAGCCGUGGGCCUGCGUGAGUGCCAUGCCAGAAGGUAGUCGGGUGCUGCAGGAGGCUGAGAAACACGAGAGCACGGGGCUUUAAUGACCCCUGGAAGCCCCAGCUUGGCGUUGCAAUUGGAGAUGUUACAGUUGGAGCCGUCGCAUUUAAAGCGCGUGCAUUUAAAGGCUCUGCAUUUAAAGGCCCUGCAUUUAAACCCGGGUGGUUCUCCCCGCUUACAGGUGUUGUAGCAGAGGAACAGGGCUGACCCUUCCCUGGUGAUACUCAUUUGGAGGUAGCUGCUGCCCGUCCCUGUUGUCCCAGGGCUCCUCGCUGGCGGCCGCAGCCUCUCUGAGCCAUUGGCAGCCGGUGCUCCUGGCCAGAGCACGCUGCCUGCCUGCACAUGGCUUUUUUUAGGUUUACAAACAUUACGGCCCCGUGCACACGUCGCUUCCCCCCUCCCUUCCCGUGAGUCAUCAGCCCCGUCACCAGUGCCGGGGAGCGCAGGCCAGGGAAGCCGGAGGCGGCGUCUGCGCUUCCCCCCUUGGCGCUGAUGACCCCAUCAGAGGGGAAAAAAAUAGCAGAGAUUGGGUCUUUUUUUUUUUCCCCUCCCUUUUUCGGUCAUGGAAAAGGUUGAGUGAGAUGAAGAAGACGCAGCGGUGACGGCUGUGAUGAUGCCACGGCUGUUUGUGGCAUUGCCCGCGAUGGGGCGUUUUGGGACAGGAUGGCAGCACAGCCUCCAUCCAGAGGCCGCUCCAAUGCACUGCUAUGCCCGGAGAUAUCAGAGAGGGCCAUGGAACCGAUGGCAUCCAUUGGGCUGAGCUUGGAGCUGUGUGUACCCCCGGACACGGGAUGGAGCGUUGGCCUUUGGCUGCGUGCUCGGAGGUGCUGGAGCCCCCGCGCUGAGCUCAUCGCGGCUGAUGUGGCUGCGGUGACUCAGCAGCGCCAGCGCUGACUCAGCGUCACUGCGGACCCCAGGAGGCAGCCGAGACAGGUCCGGGGGGUGACCCAGUUGAUGGCCCCAGAAGAGGCCCAAUGGAAGAAGGGCUGAUCGAUUAUGGCGGCGAGAGGACACUGAGCGAGGGCGGCCGGCUGGGCCUGGCCGCUGGGGGCCGGCCGCAGGCGGGGGGCAGCGCGCUGAUGGAGCCCAGCGGAUGGCUGCCCGGCCCCCCCGCCGGCCCCGCACGCCUGGAGGACGCCCGCAACCUGGUGGCCUUCUCGGCGGUGGCCGAAGCCGUGUCCUCCUACCGGCUGCCCGCCCCGGGUUCCCCUUCACUGCUCUACAAGAAGUUUGACACCGAGAUGAGCAGGGGAGGGCUGGCGCCGCGGGACGGCGUGCCGAGGGGGGAGGACCUGCACGCCCUCAAGGCCGCCCUCGCCCUGGCCAAGCACGGCAUGAAGCCCCCCAACUGCAACUGCGACGGCCCCGAGUGCCCCGACUACCUGGAGUGGCUGGAGCAGAAGAUCCAGGCAGCCCUGGGAGAGGGUCCGCUGCCCCACGCCCCGCCGCCCCCCGACAAAGGUGCUAUCGCUCCCCCCGCGGUGCUGGAGGCCGCCGAGCCGUGCCCGUCGGACGGCCUCCCCUUUUCCCAAAGUGCACUGAACAUCGCCAAGGAGAAGAACAUCAGCCUGCAGACGGCCAUCGCCAUUGAGGCGCUGACGCAGCUCUCGGCCGCCCUCCCUCAACCUGGUGCUGAUGGGCCGCCCCCCCAACCACCGCCACCACCACCACCACCACCCCCCGCGGUGCCCCCUGCCCCCUUGGAGCCAUCUGUCAGCACGGUGCCUCCAUCCGGGACCACCGACCCUAUGGCGGAGCUGGAGCAGCUCCUGGGCAGCACCGAAUACAUUGCUGCCGCCUUCAAGCGGCCCGAGGCCAGCAGAGCCCCCCCUGCAGCAGCCCCAAAGCCCCCGGAUCGGACACCAGGCAAGGAGGCAGCAAGCAGCCCCCGUGUGCUGCAGGAGCCCGACCUGCACAGGAAGACGCAGCUGGUCCUGCAGCAGCACCUGCACCACAAGCGCAGCCUUUUCCUUGAGCAGAGCCGCUCCACGACCCCCCCGGAGCACCCACCCAGCUGGUGGACCCCCAGCACGCCCAAGCCCUUCGAGAAGCAAGCCAAGGAAAAGAAGAAGAGGAUGCAGCCAGACAAGCCAGCCCGCAAGCAGGUGCAGAUCAAGAAGCCCAAGCAGAAGGAUUCACAGCCACUCUUCCUGCCCUUCUGGCAGAUCAGCCUGGAUGGGCUGCGGGCCCCCUCCGAGCCCCCCACCGCAGCGCCGCAGCCUGAGCCCCCACCGCCCACCCCGCACCCACCCACUGCUCCCGACUCUCAGGAAAGGGGUACCCCCGGGGGGGACACCCACAGCCACCCGCCAACACCGGGACCGGAGGGAGCACCGCCCGCUGUAGUGGAUGACAAGCUGGAGGAGCUCAUCCGGCAGUUUGAAGCUGAAUUUGGGGACACCUUCAGCCUGCCGCCCACCGGGACCACCGUGCUGCAGGAGGGGCAGCCGCCAGCCCCACAGGUGCCCCCCACCACCGCCAGCACCGCCGCUGUGACCCCCAACAACGCCACCCCCGGGGGCUCCAUACUGUCACCGGGGAAGGGACCUCCCCCAGAGCAUCUCUUCUCCAUGCGCUCCCCCAAGCAGAUCAAAAUCGAAUCCUCUGGUGCUAUCACCGUGGUGUCCACCACGUGCUUUUACUCCGAGGAGAGCCAGAACGCCGACGAGGCGGAGGGGACGCCCACCAAGGAUGAGGUGCCGCUGACCCCCACCCUCAGCGGCUUCCUGGAGUCACCUCUCAAAUACCUGGACACGCCAACCAAGAGCCUGCUGGACACCCCUGCCAAGCGUGCGCAGGCCGAGUUCCCCACCUGCGACUGCGUGGAGCAAAUCGUGGAGAAGGACGAGGGGCCGUACUACACCCACCUGGGCUCGGGGCCCACCGUGGCAUCCAUCCGGGAGCUGAUGGAGGAGCGGUAUGGAGAGAAGGGUAAAGCCAUCCGCAUCGAGAAGGUCAUCUACACUGGGAAGGAGGGGAAGAGCUCCCGGGGCUGCCCCAUUGCCAAGUGGGUGAUCCGGAGACACAACCAAGAGGAGAAGCUGCUGUGCCUGGUGCGUCACCGAGCUGGCCACCACUGCCAGAACGCUGUCAUCAUCAUCCUGAUCCUGGCCUGGGAGGGCAUCCCCCGCACGCUGGGCGACACGCUGUACCAGGAGCUCACUGACACCCUCACCAAGUACGGCAACCCCACCAGCCGCCGCUGUGGCUUGAAUGACGACCGGACUUGUGCGUGCCAAGGCAAGGACCCCAAUACCUGUGGUGCUUCCUUCUCCUUUGGCUGCUCUUGGAGCAUGUAUUUCAAUGGCUGCAAAUUCGCCCGAAGCAAAACUCCACGGAAGUUCAGGCUGGUAGGGGACAAUCCCAAGGAGGAAGAGCUGCUCCGGAAAAGCUUUCAGGACUUGGCCACUGAGGUUGCUCCGCUUUACAAGAGGUUGGCACCUCAGGCCUACCAGAAUCAGGUUACCAAUGAGGAUAUCGCAAUAGACUGCCGGCUGGGCUUGAAGGAGGGGAGGCCGUUUUCAGGGGUGACAGCGUGCAUGGACUUCUGUGCUCAUGCUCACAAAGAUCAGCAUAACCUCUACAAUGGCUGCACAGUGGUCUGCACGCUGACAAAAGAAGACAAUCGGGUGGUGGGGAAGAUCCCCGAAGAUGAGCAGCUGCACGUCCUCCCCCUCUACAAGAUGUCCAGCACAGAUGAAUUUGGCAGCGAGGAGAACCAAAACGCGAAGGUGGGCAGCGGGGCCAUCCAGGUGCUCACAUCCUUCCCCCGUGAGGUGCGUAAGCUGCCCGAGCCUGCCAAGUCCUGUCGGCAGAGACAGCUGGAGGCAAGGAAAGCCGCAGCAGAGAAGAAGAAACUGCAGAAGGAGAAGCUGAUGACACCAGAGAAGAUCAAGCAGGAAGCGCUUGAACUUCCUACACUCCAAGAAAAUGCAGGUAUGCCGUUGAAAAGUGGGCUCACCCCGCAGCCGCUGAAACCUUCCAUCAAAGUGGAGCCUCAGAGCCAUUACAACGCCUUCAAGUACAACGGCAAUGCGGUGGUGGAGAGCUACUCGGUGCUGGGCAGCUGCCGGCCCUCCGACCCUUACAGCAUGAACAGUGUUUACUCUUACCAUUCCUACUAUGCACAGCCCAAUCUGCCUUCUGUGAACGGGUUUCAUUCCAAGUUCACGCUACCCUCCUUUGGGUAUUACGGUUUUUCCAACAACCACGUGUUCCCCUCGCAGUUUCUGAAUUACGGGGUGCCCGAGAGGGGUGAGAGCUGGGUGAGCAACAGCUAUGAAAAAAAGCCCAACAUUCAGGUGCUGCAGGAGAACCUCAACCAUACCUACAGGAAUACGGAUUUCCCCGAGCCCAUCCCACACAGCGUCCGGAGCAAAAACCAUCACCAGCGCACCUAUGAGCGGGCCAACCGCUAUGCCAGCCAGCAGAAGGCGGCUGCGGCCGGGGUGCACAGGACUAGCAUGGGCUCGGAGGAGGCAUCGCCGUUUGCACAGAACUGUUUUGGCAACAGGGCCAUCAAGCAGGAGCCCCCGGACCCCCCGCCCAGCAUUGAGCCCCUGAACAACCCCACAGCAGCUGUGCCCGGCACUGGUCUGCCUCUGCCUGCUGUCCCUGUACCGGAGCAGCAGUGGAGUCCCUACAAAGCAUCGUCCCGAGGUUCGUCUUCCCCUGAGCGGACUAGUGCGGCCGAGAGCUCGUGGAGCAGCCUGGUGCCAGGUGCUGGAGGACGGGAGAAGCUGAGCGCCUUCGAUGCUGCCGUGCGCCUGCCGCUGCCGGAGAAGCAGUGGCCCAACGUGGCAGGAGAAGCAUCAUCGUCGUGCAGUUCCAGCUUGCUGCCGAAGCCGUGGAGCCCCUGCAAGCUGGGGGAGACAGUGCUGGGCCGUGCGGGUACCCCGACCCUGCGGGACAAGGGCUGGGAUCUGGGACCGCUUGGCUUUGGCUCGGCCCUGCCGGAGCUGCCUGUCUUCUCUGAAGAGCCGUGGGGUUCCAGCAAGGCCGAGGGGCAGAGGACUCCGGCACCUGUGGCGGGGCUGGCUGAAAAGCCAUGGGAGGCGGCGACGGUGCGUGAGAAGGGGGCAGCGGGGGUCCGCCGGGAGAAGCCGUGGGAUCCCUUUGGGCUGGAGGAGGGUGUCGAGGAGGCGGCGGUGAAGGCGGUGAAGGAGGAGGAGGAGGAGGAGGAAGAAGAGGAAGAGGAGGAGGAGUGGUCGGACAGCGAGCACAACUUCCUGGAUGAUGACAUUGGCGGCGUCGCUGUGGCACCUUCUCACGGUUCCAUCCUCAUCGAAUGCGCGAGACGUGAGCUCCACGCUACCACCCCCCUGAAGAAACCCAACCGCAACCAUCCCACCCGCAUCUCCCUGGUCUUCUACCAACACAAGAACUUGAACCAGCCCAACCACGGCCUGGCGCUGUGGGAGGCCAAGAUGAAGCAGCUGGCGGAGCGUGCCCGCGCGCGGCAGGAGGAGGCGGCACGUCUGGGGCUGCAGCAGGACGCCAAGGCCUUCGCCAAGAAGCGCAAAUGGGGCGGCGCGUUGGCGGCCGAGGCGGCCACCAAGGAGAGGAGGAACGCGGUCCCCACGCGGCAGGCGGUGGCCAUCCCCACCAACUCUGCCAUCACUGUGUCCUCCUACGCGUACACCAAGGUGACGGGGCCCUACAGCCGCUGGGUCUGAAGGCGGAGGCGGCCGCCGCAGCCCUUCUUACCUCAAAGUCGGCAGCACUGGAGUCCCGGUGCUGCUUUGUGGUGCUUUCUCCUCGGGCAUGGGGGAGAAGAAAACAAACAAAACAAACAAAAAGACAUACACACACACAAAAAAAAAAGCAGAAAAAAGAGAGGAAAAAAGCAAAAUAAACCCAACGUUAUGCUUGGAUCAACAGAACCGAUGCGGGUGCGAGCUGCACUUGGCAAAGUGUAGGAACAUAGGAAAGGAACAAUGUUCUUGGACAUUUUUCAGUAACCUAAUAUUUAUAUCUCUGUGUUUUUUUAAUCUAUCCUUGUGCACUGCAAGAAUGGAGAGAGAAGUUUAUAGCGUCCUUUCACAAAGGAGAGGUUUUUAAUCCCACUUAAAACCGCGUAUUUAUUGGAUUAUUAUUAUUAUUUUUUUUUAAUCUGACGAGAACGAUGAAGCCAACCUUCAAAAUAUGAAGUGAACAUCAAGGAAAAAAUAAAAUACAUGGAUAAAUUAAAAAAAAAAAAUAGGAAAAAAAAAGAGAAACAACCCAAACACCAAACCAGCG